ACGGCGUGUUAGCGGAACAAUGCCUUGUCGAGUGGGCAGACUCGGCCUUGUUUUGGAAAACAGUGGCGACAUUACACUGACGUUGCGUUUCCUGUUCACAUUGUGUUGCCCGUCUUCCCGCUUCCGCCUUUCUAAGCGGCAGCGAUAACUAGCUUUGCUGUUCGUGACUCGUGUAAUGUGGUUCCACGCAGCUGAAGUCGACCGGCCCACACAGUCGCUAGCGUCUUUGUCCAGGGGCAGUGAUGGACACAAUGACGACGUCAGAGAAGACGGGACAACGUCCGCUGGCCUCUGAGGAAAUGGAGGGGAUCCAUGUGAUGCCGGACAUGGGCGCCAUCAAAACUGAACAGUCGGUGGGCGCAAGCCCGGACGAUGCAGGCACACAGAACAUGGCUAUGGGGAUAAAGUUCAUCCUGCCCAACCGCUUUGACAUGAAUGUGUGCUCGAGAUUUGUCAAGUCACUCAACGAGGAGGACAGCAAGAACAUCCAGGACCAGGUCAACUCGGAUUUAGAAGUGGCUUCUGUUUUAUUUAAAGCGGAGUGCAAUAUUCAGACCUCACCUUCACCGGGUAUACAGGUGCGCCAUGUAUACACCCCAUCAACUACAAAACACUUCUCUCCCAUCAAACAGUCCACCACCCUCACGAAUAAGCAUCGCGGUAAUGAGGUUUCUUCUACACCUCUUCUAGUGCACUCACUCUCUAUUCAUCAGCUGGCAGCCCAGGGAGAAAUGGUGUUUCUGGCCAGCAGAAUUGAACAAGAGACUGUGAUCAAUCUUCAGGAUGAGGAAGGCUUCACUCCACUAAUGUGGGCAGCUGCACAUGGACAAAUAGCUGUAGUGGAGUUCCUACUUCAGAACGGUGCUGACCCCAACCUUUUGGCGAAAGGGAGGGAAAGUGCCCUGUCCUUGGCCUGCAGUAAAGGAUACACUGACAUUGUCAAAAUGCUCAUUGACUGUGGUGUCGAUGUCAACGAAUAUGACUGGAAUGGAGGUGCACCUCUGCUGUAUGCUGUACAUGGUAAUCAUGUACGCUGUGUGGAAAUCCUUUUAGAAAGUGGUGCUGACCCCACCAUUGAAUCUGAUUCUGGAUUCAAUGCAAUGGACAUGGCUGUGGCUAUGGGCCACAGGAAUGUUCAACAGGUGAUGGAGGCACAUUUACUGAAGCUGCUAAUGGGGAUCCGAGAGUGACCCACACCGCCCUGAAGACGACGCACAAGCACCGGGAACACAGCUGAGUGUACGUGACUAUGCUGGGCUGUGGACAAUCACGUAGCGUGCCCAUUAGACUACAGGUUGAAAGUGAAGGUAGAAACCGAGGUCCAGGAACUGAAGGUCAAAGGUGGCGCACAGUGUAAGAGCAACACUGGUGUCAUCAACAUACCAAGUUUUGUAAUUACGGAAUGAAUGCACAUAUCUAUGCUCCAAUUUUGACUCUUUGCAACUAAGCUAACGCAUGCAGUUAUGCACACAAGCAGUGAUAUCUACCAUGAUAUCUGUCAUGCAGUGAUAUCUACCACGCUAUUCAGUGAAGAAGAAUGUACAAAUGGGUGUCAGUGACCAGCCUUUUAGAAGAGGAAGGCCAUCAAGUGGGUUGGCUGCAGAAGAAGAAGGGUGACACUGUUUUAAAAAACAAGAGAAACCUGCGUGGUGUGGAAAAUAAUUGGCACAGAUGCAGAAAACUUUAGGCCGUUUUCCAGUUUCACUGAAGCAUUUCUCAACUUGUCUCAACUUUCAGCAGUUUAGUAUUUUUUUUACAGUAAAUGCAAGGUUACAAAACAGGGGGAUCAUUUGAGAACAAACGUGAACAUGCGGUGGACUGAGACGUAUUCACUCAAAUGCCCUUCAACACAUCCCACAAGUAGUUUCCGUUUAUCGGAGUGCAUCGACCAGAGUGCAUCGACCACAGUAGGUGAGGUGAAGCGCUACUUGUAGUUUUCUUCUCAUGCUUUUACUGUUAAGAGUUUGUUGUUUGUCCUUUUCAUUAUUUAUGGAAAUUAAAUAAGUCUUUUUAUCUAUUGAGGCGACAGUAGCUCAGGAGGUAGAGCUUAUUGUCCGGUGUGUGUGUGUGUGUGUGUGUGCAUGGGUGAAUGUGAGGCAUUAAUUGUGCAGUUGCAUUUCAGGAAUAGACGGUUUAUUGUUCAUUAACUUAUCGAGUACUUUGUUGGGUUUAAAACUAAGUAUUUCAGUUUUGUUAAUAAAUGUUUGAAGAUAAAUUGCUUCUCUGUCCUGUCUUUUUAUCAGACAGUGUCUCCGGGUUGGUACAACGCUGAAGAAUGCAGUCUCAGAGCUAUACUGUCCCCCCCCCCACACAUACACAAAAUAAAAUAACUUCCUAUAAAUCAAUGGCAGAUAGAUAAAGUAGAUGGCAUAGGUGCUUGGACUGUGAUUGAUUCCUUCUGGAAAUAAUUCUUGAAAGACUGGGGCAGACAUAAAUUCCAUACUUUUUGGCAGAAUCUUAAAUAAGGCUCUAUUGGAGGGCCGUCGGUCUAUUCUGUUGCCUACGAAUACGAGGA